CUUCUCAAGUCCCGCUCCUCCGGGUUCCGCUCCUCCCAAGCCGUCCUCCAACAGCUUUGCCCCGCCCCUCCGUUUUCCCUCUCACUGUUAGUCCCACCAGCUCUCCAUCACUGCACAGUUCUUACGCUCGGCUUUCUCCUCCUGUUUCCUUUCUUCCUUUCUUCUUUCUUCCCACUUUCCUCCCUCGCGCUAGGACGUGGCAGUUUGACGUGAGAGCGUGCGUGCAUACGCGGCCCAGCAGUGAGCUAGCGCUUAUGGUGACGGCGUCUCCUCCCGGAAGUGACUUGGCUAGGCAAGAGUGGCCAUGUUGCGUCAGGAUAGUAAUGAUGACACUGAAGAUGUUUCACUAUUUGAUGCCAGUGAUGAUGAGUCAGCCAGGAAGUCAAAGAAGGUGAAAAUCAGACACCCAGUGGCAUCAUUUUUCCAUUUAUUCUUUCGAAUUGGUGCAAUAAUUGUCUAUCUUCUGUGUGAAUUGCUAAGCAGCAGCUUUAUUGCCUGUAUGGUGACAAUUAUCUUGUUAUUAUCGUGUGACUUUUGGACAGUGAAGAAUAUAACAGGCAGGCUCAUGGUUGGCCUGCGCUGGUGGAACCAUAUAGAUGAUGAUGGAAACAGUCACUGGGUGUUUGAAGCUCGAAAGGAAUUGAAACAAGAGAAAAGAACCUCCUCAGAAGCUGAGUCACGAAUUUUUUGGUUAGGAUUAAUUUCCUGUCCAAUUAUGUGGGUGGUAUUUGCCUUUAGUGCUCUCUUCUCCUUCAAACUGAAGUGGUUGGCAGUGGUCACCAUGGGUGUGGUACUCCAAGGUGCCAACUUAUAUGGCUACAUCAGAUGCAAAGUAGGCAACCAAAGUAAUUUAACCAGUAUGGCUACCGCUUAUCUUGGAAAGCAGUUCUUGAGACAAAACAUUAAAGAUGAUCAGAUAUCUUGAAGAUAAAGAGAAGAAAUGCAUCUUGUUGUAUUAAGGAAAAACUGAAGAGAUUGUGUUGAUCCUUUUGGAAUUGAGCAAAUAUCUUGGGGUGGGCAAAAUUAUUAGAGACUUUUCUCAUUUAAAAUAAAUUUUUUAUAUGAAGAUAGUACUUUUGGCAUAAAAUCUGCCUUAGGAUUCUUUUUUUAAGGUUGUUGCCUCAAAACUGAAUAGGGUAUGCAUAUUCAUAAUUUUAGAAAAGGAGAAAUCUGAAAUAGUAGUUUGUUGAAUAAUAGUUUGCAUUUCAUAAGUCAUCUCCAUUUCCACAAAACGCUGUAUUUCAUGGUAAAAUUUUUUCACCUAAAUUAUAAAUAAGCAAAUAAAAUUACAUGGUGUACCCAGUUUGUCAGUACUGUUAAAUUUAAGUAAUUUUAAUGGGAGAAUGUUUAUUUUGGUUUCUUCAGUAAACUGUUCAUUCAUGUGCUAUUUAUAUAUGUAACUUGCAAUAACAGUUUGUAUAGUUUAUAUUAGAGAGAGAGAGAGAGAGUGUGUGUGUAGUUUCUGUGUUUCUAAAUAUAGCUAUACAUUUCCCUUUAAACUCUUAUUUUGAAAAUUCUUGCAAAUUCAUAUCGAGCAUAAUGAAAAUUUCAGUGAUACAAAAAUGUUCACAUAAUAAUGUAUUACUUUUUGUGUUAGGUUGAGAAUAAUUAUUUAUUGGCAUAGCAAAUGCCUAAAGUCGCAUUUUGUUUCUAGAUUCUCUUUUGUUAUUGAGAGAAUUGGAAUACUGGAAAUUAUAGGAUUAUAUUAUAGCAUUUUUAAGUUGUGAAAUGUGUUUUACUUAAGUAGUUCUAUAGAUUUUAGUUGUGUAUUUCAUCUGAAAAGAUUGUUUUAUGAAUAUAUAUUGUAAAAAAUUAAGAUUUUAUUUAAUUGGGUGAAUUGCCUUUAUUAAGAGAGACAGUUGUGAUGUACAAUCAUUUUAGUAUAUUGUUUUUAGAAAAUUUUGUUUUUGUUAACUGGAAAAUAUCUUUGUUAUAUUUAAUUGAUUAAAUAUUUCUGCCCUGCAGAGUGAUUACA